GACAACAGGACCCUGACGAACAAUGCCACCAAAACCUCGGGGAAGAGCGAGUACGCGAGCGCGCGCGGGUGGGAGAGGGGGCGCCACUGCAGGACGAGCUGUUGAAAACCCCAGCGAAGCUGUACAGACCACGACCCCGCCGACUUUCGAUGCGCCUGCUGCAAGUGAGACUGCAGAUGCUGUUGUAACUGAGGAAGAUAACAAUGUUGAUACGAAGCCACCUUCGCCCACCGGCAACGAGUCUACGCCGAACGAUACGUCCUCUGCGACGGCAACACCACAAGAUGGCGCAGAAGCCUCCACUCGUCCUCCUGUGCAGCGGCUCGGUGGACUAAAAAGCGCGGAACCGACUUCGAGGUCUUCGUCCCCUUCUGUGAAGCGCGGCACUACUAAGUCUGGCAAGAAGACAGUCCCAAAGCCCAUGUUCACGGCCCGCAGAAGCAAGGAAGAGCGGGCAGCACUUGAGAAGGAACAGCUGGAGAGAGAAAAGAUCAGACACCGGGAUCAAGAAAAAGAGGCUGCUUUCCAGGCUAGAAGAAAAGAGAGGGAGGCUGCAAAGGAAGCUACUAGAUCUACUCGGGGGCGCGGUGGCUAUAGCAGUGCUAUGAGCGGUCCGUUCUCGCUUGGAAGCUCGAAAGAAGACCGGAAAACAAACCACCGCAACUUCUCUGGAUUCGGGGCUGGGUCGGGAUCACGAGCGGUGCGCGUCAAGAACGAGGGCGACGAGAGCGGACCCAGCAGAUCAGGCGGUUACGGUGGGGGCGGAGGAGGUGGAGGUGGAGGCAGCUCCGGUAUCAAAAGAGAGGAUGGCGGUGUUGUUGAGUCUUCUGAGGACGAAGAGGAUCAGGAAUUCCCUCGGAGAGACAUCGAUCUUAUCGAGAUUUCUGACGAUGAAGACGGGGCGGAUGUUAAUGAUCGGCCUUCAAGAUCAGCGCUGCCUAUUCGUAUCACGCGAAAGGAACAUCAAGAGAAGGCAUUGGCAUUGAACACAGAUGCUAGUGCGGAGACGGCUCCAAAAAGCGCAUCAGAGGCUACAGGGACAACUGGCGGUAGGUCUGGUGGAGCACGGUCAGGCCAGGGCGGCCGUAAGGGCAAGGGCAAGGCGAGCGACUUGGAAAUCACCGGAGUGCGCAAGCCCUUCAAGGGUGUAUGGCAAGAUGCGGAAGAUUCAGAUGUCCAAGUCAAAUCAGAGCAGACCAGCGACGACGAGCAGAUGGCCGACGCAGAGCAAGUAGGCCUCGACGCCGACCAAACAGAAGCCCCGCAUCAAGAAACGCCCGCGAAAGAAGAGCCACAGUCACCAACUACAGAACGAAAGGGCAAGAGUCGCACCAAGAGCGUGGCAGAACCCGUUCUCCAGACCGACGAGGAUCGAGCAGAAUGGUCGCGCUUCCUCGAAAAUCGCAAACACAUUCGCGCCGAGCUCGGCCCAGAAGACACAGAUGCUGUCGAUGCAGCAGGAGACACAGCUAUGGCAGACGGCGCACCUGCAGCACCAAAACCCACCGUGCGAGACAACAACGUCUACCUCUUCCAGAUCCCACCCCUCAUGCCCGAACUCAUCGAGCCCGGCGUCAAGAAAGACAUGCCCGACGUUGCAGAGGCAUCAGCACCCGCACAACUCAAGAAAGAAGCUCCCAAGAUCAAGGUCGAGGAAGGCUUCUCCGAUCCCGCCGCCAAGCCAGCUCAAGGGCCUCGCUUCGCGAGCGGUCUCGUGGGCAAGCUGCGCGUGCGGCAGUCAGGACGCACGACAUUGGACUGGGGUGGUACCAGCUACGAGCUGGCGCCUGGUAAUAAAGCGAGCUUCUUGCAGGAGGUCGUCAGCAUCCACCUCGUCCCCGAGAAGGACCGCGUGGUGCCCGAGGACGCGGGCGAGGCGGUGUCGUUUGGGCGCGUCAAGGGCAAGUUUGUCGUCACGCCCGACUGGGGGGAGAUGCUUGGAUGAGGCCGCAUGUGUGAAACUUCUCCUGAAGGGCGGUGACGUGAACGCGUUGGGAGCGCAGCGACUGGCUACGUACGACGAGAGACAUGUUAAUGCAUUCCGCCAAGCGCGACGCCGGCAUGGGGCCCCUCGCCAACUGCUCACCGCGUCCCAACACUGCAUCCCACGCUGCAGCGCAUUGAAAUUGCCCGUGUCUUGUUGACAGCU